GGUGACAUAGCAGUAAUGGAGCUAGUCUCUCAGUCCUCUCUCGGCGUUCGAACUCGCGCCAAGUCCCUCGCUUUGCAGAGACUCCAAUCAACCACCACCACACCACCACCACCACUACCACCGCCUCCGAACCCUGAAUCAUCUUACCUUCAGCUUCGAAGUCGGAGGCUUGAAAAGGUUCCUCCGUCUCUCAACGACCCUAAGAGACGACAAUCUACUCCGAAACAUGAAAUUUCUAACCCUAACCCUAGUUCGAGGUUGAGGUCGAUUAACUCCGGGUCUGUUGGGUCGGUCUCAAUUAGCUGUUCCAAGGAUGAGGAAGGGUUUAUUCGUGAAUUUACAACUAGGGCAAGCAGAGAAGAUGAUACAGAGGACUACAAUGAUUUGAAUGUUGAGCCUUCGUUUGGAGAGAACAAUCUCGACUUUGAAGGCAGAGAGAGUACUGCAUUUUUAAACAGGAGCACUAGGGAAAGCACACCCUGCAGCUUGAUAAGGGAGUUGGACAGCGCUGGGACCCCCGGUUCUACAACAAGGCGGACAGCUUCAACUCGAAGAAUUCAAAAUGCCAUGCAAAGAAUCAUCCCAACAACACAUGAGAUAGAGGAGUUCUUUGCCUCUGCAGAACAGCGGCAACAGAGACAUUUUACUGAGAAGUACAACUUCGACGUUGUGAAUGAUUUGCCCCUUCCGGGACGCUACGAAUGGGUGAGAGUAAAUCACUAGGCAGGACACAGAUCCGUACAGCGAGGAUUCUGAAGGUUAAGUAGCUGGGUUAGUAGGGGUGGUUCAUUUCUACCACCUCAUCUCGUUCAAUGUAGAAGAAAAGAAGAAGAAAAAAAGCUAAAAGAAAAACAGAGCUGCGAAAGAUGUGUAACAUAACGGAGCCAAUGAAUUACAUUACUAACCAAGUCCAAGUAGGAAAAGAAUGUGGGAAAGAAAAGAAAAAAACAUGUAGUUUUAGGAUCUUUAUGAUGGUUAAGUGAACCAUUGUAAUAUGGAGGGGGGCAUAUAUAAAAUUUGUCGGAUCUUUUCUUGUUGUCUUCUUCUUUGCUUGCUGUUUAUGUAUUUUUUGUCUAUAUUCUGCUGGGGACUCAGGUGAACAAUGAAUGCUCUCUCUGGUAUUAGUAAAUUGUCCAUCUUUUUUGCUUACAAUUGUCUUUUUGUCUUGGUUUUAUUGAUGUCCUGCAAUUUCUUUCUCCC